GUUUGGAGUUGGCGAUGAAAACGAAGCGGAGCAUGUGGAUGUGGCUGUUGUUGUUGCUGCAAUUAAAUCGCCAAGCCGCUGCGUUUGCUUGGAGAGAGACGAAGAAGACGAACAACGCAGUAACCAUUAAGCAUUCACACAGCGGCAUUAGCGAGCUCGAAUUCGUCACCUUCGUUCCUCAGUUUCUCCGCCCCCAUUUCGCUCUCUCUUUCGUUUAAAUUCUCCUUCUCUCUCCCUCUCUGCGCCCAGCAGAUCGAUAUGGCGACUCUUUUCCAGGGGCUUGGAGCUGGGACAACUCUCUCACCUCCCAAUUCCUUAGAUUCCAAGAAAUUCCUCCCCAGAUCCCUCUCUGCUUUCGAGAGGAAGCCGAGGUUCUUGGUUGUUCGAUCUGACGGAAGCGCUAACCACGUUCUUAGACCUAGAUCUCGCUCCGAGAGCUUGAUCACUAGUGCAGUUGCAACCAAGGCCGAUACUUCAUCUGCUUCGACAACAUCGAAACCUGGGCACGAACUUUUGCUUUUUGAAGCACUAAGAGAAGGUUUGGAGGAAGAAAUGGAUAGGGACCCACGUGUUUGUGUCAUGGGUGAAGAUGUGGGUCACUACGGUGGUUCUUACAAGGUAACCAAAGGUCUAGCUACCAAAUACGGUGAUCUUAGGGUUCUUGAUACGCCUAUUGCUGAAAACUCCUUCACGGGUAUGGGCAUUGGAGCUGCAAUGACUGGGCUGAGGCCGAUUGUUGAGGGUAUGAACAUGGGAUUUCUUCUUCUUGCUUUCAACCAAAUCUCCAACAAUUGUGGAAUGCUUCAUUACACAUCUGGCGGCCAGUUCAAAAUACCAAUAGUUAUUCGUGGACCUGGUGGAGUUGGGCGUCAACUCGGUGCUGAGCACUCGCAACGCCUUGAGUCAUACUUUCAAUCAAUCCCUGGAAUUCAGAUGGUUGCUUGUUCCACACCUUAUAAUGCAAAGGGCUUGAUGAAAGCUGCAAUCAGGAGUGAGAACCCAGUGAUCCUUUUCGAGCAUGUUUUGCUUUACAACUUGAAAGAGAGGAUUCCAGAUGAAGAAUACAUCUGUUCUCUCGAGGAAGCUGAAAUGGUUAGACCUGGAGAGCACGUCACAAUCUUGACGUAUUCCCGAAUGAGGUAUCAUGUGAUGCAGGCUGCUAAAACUCUGGUAAACAAAGGCUACGAUCCCGAAGUAAUCGACAUCAGGUCAUUGAAGCCCUUUGAUCUUUACACGAUUGGGAACUCAGUGAAAAAGACUCACCGCGUACUAAUCGUUGAGGAGUGCAUGCGAACUGGAGGAAUUGGCGCUAGUUUGACAGCAGCAAUCACGGAGAACUUCCAUGAUUACUUGGAUGCACCAAUUGUUUGUUUGUCUUCACAGGAUGUGCCAACUCCUUAUGCUGGGACUUUGGAAGAUUGGACUGUGGUUCAGCCAGCCCAGAUUGUCACUGCUGUAGAACAGCUCUGCCAAUAAUUAAAGGAGCUAUAGCCAAAGUUGUGCUUCGUCUUCAGUCUGCGUUCCAUCGAGUUAGCUUUAAUGAAAAUUUCACAUACUUGAGAUCUGUUGAGCAAUUUUUCUCUGUUGGGAAUUAUGUUAACAAUUUGAUCGUUCGUUUUUUUACCUCUUUUAAUUUUUGUCUCCCAUGCAUCCAUUUUUCUGUCGAACUUGUUUCUGUAAUUUUCAGUCGCAAAGAGCAAAAUGGGGUUUACCAGUUCAAUAGAAUCUAUUAUUGGUUUUUAAUAUAGAAA